UGAGGGUUAACGCCUCCCAGCCAUUCCCCUUCUGUUGUCCAUCAUCACGAGGUCCCGCCUUUUCCGGAUUUCAAAGGCCCACCUUACCACCGGCUUUUUUCCUGUCGGGCCUCUGCGGGUUCCUCCCCUUCCCUCAGGUCCCUCUCGCCACGCCCCCGUACUUACGAACGACACUGCUGGGCUGUCCCUGACUGCUAGGUUUCUCUUCAGGUUUCCUUAAGCGCAAGCAUCGCUGAUGCGCUCAAUCAAGGUGCUGAGGCUUCUUCUCUGUUGCCUGGUCUCAGCCCCAACCUUCAUACCCCACCCGUUUGCAUGAGCUCAGGCCCCCGCCCCCUUUAAAUUCUGUUCAGACCAUAGUGCUGCUCAACCUGUACCGGAAUCCACAGAACACCGCCCAAACCGCAGACGGAUCACACUGUCACGUGAGCGACGUGGAGGUGCAAGAACACUAUGAUAACUUCUUCGAGGAGGUGUUCACGGAGCUGCAGGAGAAGUACGGGGAGAUUGAAGAGAUGAAUGUGUGCGACAACCUGGGGGACCACCUCGUGGGCAAUGUCUACGUCAAGUUUCGGCGUGAGGAGGAUGCAGAGCGGGCAGUGGCUGAACUCAAUAACCGCUGGUUCAAUGGGCAGGCAGUGCAUGCUGAGCUGUCUCCUGUCACCGACUUCCGGGAGUCGUGCUGUCGGCAAUACGAGAUGGGGGAAUGUACCCGGGGUGGCUUCUGCAACUUCAUGCACCUUCGGCCCAUCUCCCGGAAUCUUCGACGUCAGCUGUAUGGGCGAGGACCCAGGCGCAGGUCACCCCCAAGGUCCCAUACUGGUCACCGCCCCCGAGAAAGAAACCGAAGACGUUCCCCAGACCACCGGCAUGGCCGCUUCUGAGACCCUGGCUCCCUUGACCUCCACCCCUGACAGGCAUAAAUGUUCCUGGCCAGAACACCUCCUGAAAGCUUCCUUACCUCCCCAGCGCCAUCUUCCCCAGGCUCUGGGGCUCCGUGAUGUUAAUCUGUUAAACACAGGGACCUUCCUCUACCACCCUUCCCCUAAUAAAGUUCUGUAUUGAGGGUUUAGAACCUGUUAGCUUGAGCCUAGCUGUGGGCUGGAGUUUCCUUCCACCCCCGCAUCUCCUGACGAAAAGGGGAAGCGGGCUGGGCUCUGGCCACAACUUCAGCUGAAGAACUUCCAGCAACAGGUGGGAAAGCAGCAGGCUCAGGGCCCAAGGCUCUAGAAACCCCUCAGUGGGACCGGUAGCAGCGGGGACGCUUUUGUGCUGGGAACUUCAGGACAUUUCUCGAAGGCUUCUCAAGGGGGAGGUGCCUGAUUGUGGCAGGUUGGAGGAUUCCCAGCCCGGAGGAGAUUGGGGUUAGGAGCUAAGGUAAGGCCCCUGGGAGUUGAGUGGGAGUCUCCAGAGGGUGAGGUCCGGGUGCUCCAUGCCAGCUCCCCUGAGGUGGGAGUUCGCGAUACCUAAUAGUUAAGCUUACUGUAUGCUAGGUGCUGUUCUAAGCAGUUUACUUCUAGUAAUGGUUUUAAGUCUUUGAAAUAAACCUUCCGAGACAGGUACUGUUCUCCUGCUUUAGGGAUGAGAAAAGAGGUAAGGAAGAUGGCAGCGGUGGGAUAUGAAUCCACUCUGUGGUUCCUGAGUCCUCAUUCUAGCAAUCUAGAGGCCUUGGUGGUCCUUCUAAUAACGGGUCAGGAGCUGGACUAGGGGCUGGGGGUGGGGGGCAGUAGGUUCCCCGUCUUCCAAAACGGUUUGGGUAUCCCAAGCCCCCACAUCACUGCUUCCUUCUUCUGCCCCGGUUUCCUGGAAAGUGUGACAGAGGCGCUGUGGCCGGAAGUUCUGUGGUCACGGCCCCCCAGGCUACAGACCCCGCCCGGAUGGGGCCCCUACGCCGCCUCCUGACUGCGGCACUACUUCUGGCUCAGGCUGCGCCUCAGGAGGCCUCCCAGCACUGCGGGCGCCUAGAGUACUGGAACCCUGAUAACCGGUGCUGCAGCAGCUGCCUGCAGCGCUUUGGGCCGCCCCCCUGCCCGGACUACGAGUUUUCGGAAAACUGCGGAUUCAAUGAUUUUGCUGAUCACGUGACAUACCCCUUCAAAGAGUGUCCCUUUGGGCAGUGCAACCCCGACAAUGCGGAGCUAUGUAGCCCUUGUGGCGCCGGAGCCACGGCCCCCGCUCCCGCAGGGAGCAGGAGCGGAACCCAGCGUCGCUGCAGAGAGAAGCCGGUCCCUCCCAAGGAGCCCUGUCCUCUCAAGUCUGGGAAACCCAGAGUCUAUAGCUCCCAGGAGCCCAGCCCAUCAGCGAUUUCCAGUGUCUCCUGGACACCUGAGCGCAACGUCACUCAGCAGGCCUUGCCGAAUUUCGCCCUGCCAGUGGUGCUGGUUCUCAUGGUGCUGGUUCUGCUGGUGACCUCAGCAGUGAUCCUUCUGCUUGCCCAGCGGUGUCACCGCCGGGCAAAAGUCCUCCAUCCCUACCCCGGCUUGGUUUGUGGCGACACCAAUAUCCAUACGGUCUUCUCCUUGCCCUCGUCCUCUCCAGGCUCCCUGGAGGCAUCAGACGCAGGGGAUAAGGUCUCUCUGGUUCCACUCCUGGGCAGAGAACUGCCGAGUCUGGCAUCACAGCCCCUGUCUCGCCUCCUCGAUGAGCUGGAGGUGCUGGAGGAGCUGAUAGUGCUGCUGGAUCCUGAACCUGGGCCAGGUGGGGGGAUGGCACGCGGCACCACGAGACACCUGGCGGCGAGGUACGGAGUGCCCGCUGCCUGGUCCACCUUUGCCUACUCACUGCGACCCAGUCGCUCGCCACUGCGGGCCCUGAUCGAGAUGGUGGUGGCAAGGGAGCCCUCUGCUUCUCUGGGGCAGUUUGGCACACACCUGGCCCAGCUGGGGCGGGCAGAUGCGCUGCAGGUGCUGUCCAAACUUGGCUGAUCUGGGGCUUGUUUGGCCUACUCCUCAAUAAAGUUUCCCAUGAAUUA